CGCGUCCAGCAGCGCAUGUCCGAGUCCGCCCGCUCCGGGACAAACUCACACUGUGAUGGAGUAGCGAAGGGCAUCAUUUCCUGAAGGAAAGCUCCGCUCUUUUCCUCCUCGCUUCUUUUUGAAGCAGAGGUGUUUGUUGGCCCACUCUGGGAGUCACCUGCAGGAAGUGAACCAUGCGCUCCAGCGCUGCGCCUCCGCGGUUCAUGUCUAUCCUUCCCUUUCUUUUUCUUUUCUAUAUAUGCCUAGUUGAGUCCUCUUUCUCCUCCUCCUCCCGCCCUCAGUGGAUUCUCCAGCGUGUCCCUGUGGUCCUCCCACAGCAGACGGAGGCCAGGCCAGCUCCACACUUUCUUUCUCCAGUACACCUGGAGGUUACAUCCCAAUGUAACCCAGAAUGCCACAAGAGAGCUCCACGGCCAAGCUACUGGGACCUGCGGCAGUUUCUGGCCUAUGAGACGCUUCACUCUGAUGGUCGACUGACUGAGACCGCCAUUGGGAUCUAUGGCUACAACCCCAACCUGAACACCAGUCCUGCUUAUUCAAUGGAACCAUCUAAAGCUCGGCAGUCACAUGUUCGACGAAAGCGACAGAUCUUUGGCCAUGAUGGGCGUUUCAGCAUAGCCGGACAGAACUUCCUCCUCAAAUACCCUUUCUCAGUCGCUGUCAAACUAUCCACUGGCUGUUCCGGCAGUUUAGUUGGAGACCGUCACGUACUCACAGCUGCUCACUGUGUUCAUGACGGCAAGAACUAUGUGAAAGGUGCUCAGAAGCUCAGAGUUGGCUUUUUAAAGCCCAAGCAACGAGAUGUAGCAAAGUCUUCCCUUUACUUGUCCUUAAACUUUAGCAACCACAUUGAAGGUAGUCCUGCUCCUUACUCUGCACCGGUUACUGACAAAAUGAAGUUCCAGUGGAUCAGAGCUAAGCGCACUUAUGUGCCCAAGGGAUGGAUUAAAGGGAACGCCAAUGACAUUGGAAUGGACUACGACUAUGCUCUUCUUGAACUCAAGAAACCCCACAAACGUCGCCACAUGAAGUUGGGAGUCAGUCCCCCGGGUCGAAGACUGCCUGGUCAAAGGGUUCAUUUCUCAGGAUUUGACAACGACCGUCCCAGCCAACUGGUCUAUCGGUUCUGUCGUGCCGGCGAAGAGACGUCAGACUUGCUAUACCAACACUGCGAUGCUCAGCCUGGUGCCAGUGGAUCAGGUGUCUACGCCCGAAUGUGGGAUGGACGACGCAGGCAGUGGCAACGAAAGAUAAUAGGUGUCUUUUCUGGGCAUCAGUGGUUGGAGCGACAAGGGGCAUCUCAGGAGUUUAACGUAGCAGUGAGAAUUACACCGCUGAAAUAUGCCCAGAUAUGCUACUGGAUAACGGGCAACUAUGUGGACUGCCGAGAGGGGUGAUGAAAAACUGAACAGUAAGCAUGAGACAGGAAACCAUCAGCCCCCCUAAAUCCAGACAUCUUACUAAAGUACUUGGGUGCCUCUACACUCAGCACCACCUUUGAUCCCAGUAGCUAUUACACUGACUAAGACCAAUAAAAAUACAUUAGUUUUACUGUUGCCACAAUUUAUAGAAACCAGGAACCGUAACUCAAGGGCAUGUCCAGAAAAAUGACACCAUUGUGGAAACAGGACAACUGUGCUCAUUACAUUUAAAUUCAUAAAAUGGCAUCUUCUCUUACAAAUUUCAAAAUUGCCUUGUUUACUGGGGAGUGUUUGCAUGAAUCUACACUUAUCUGGGAAUCAUUUAAUCUAGGAGAUGAUUCAUUAACAAAAAAAAAAGAUGCCU